AUGCGAAUUCGGUGGGUUCCCGUACAAACCAGCCCUACAUUAAAGUACUCCUAUGUCUUACAGAUUGGAUCACUCAAAAACCACUACUUAUUCAGACAUAAAAAACAUCCGAGAAGGUCCCGAAGAAGUGCCAUUCACAUCACUAAGAGACUUUCUGAUGAUGAGCGGGUGUCGUGGGCAGAGCAACAAUAUGAAAAAAAGCGAACUAAGCGUGUCACCAUGAGAGACUCAGCAGAAAGUCUUUUCAAUGAUCCCAUGUGGAAUCAGCAGUGGUAUCUGCAAGAUACAAGAAUAACUCCAUCCCUGCCCAAACUGGAUCUCCAUGUUAUUCCUGUGUGGCAGAAAGGGAUUACAGGCAAGGGAGUUGUAAUCACAGUACUAGAUGAUGGCUUGGAGUGGAAUCAUACUGACAUCUAUGCUAACUAUGAUCCAAAGGCAAGUUAUGAUUUCAAUGACAAUGAUCAUGAUCCCUUUCCUAGAUAUGACCCGACAAAUGAGAACAAGCAUGGGACACGGUGUGCAGGGGAAAUUGCCAUGCAAGCCAACAACAGAAAAUGCGGAGUUGGAGUAGCCUACAAUUCCAGAGUUGGAGGUAUACGAAUGCUGGAUGGAAUAGUCACCGAUGCUAUUGAAGCCAGUUCAAUCGGUUUCAAUCCAGAGCACGUGGAUAUUUACAGUGCAAGCUGGGGCCCUAACGAUGAUGGAAAAACUGUGGAGGGACCUGGGAGACUGGCACAGAAGGCUUUUGAGUAUGGGAUAAACCAGGGCCGAAAUGGGAAAGGCUCCAUUUUUGUUUGGGCUUCAGGGAAUGGAGGUCGUCAGGGAGACAACUGCGACUGUGAUGGUUACACUGAUAGUAUCUACACUAUCUCCAUCAGCAGUGCUUCUCAGCAAGGGCUUUCUCCCUGGUAUGCAGAGAAGUGCUCUUCAACUCUGGCCACAGCAUACAGCAGUGGGGAUUAUACUGACCAAAGAAUUACAAGUGUUGAUCUUCACAAUGAAUGUACAGAGACCCCAGAUCUAACAUGGAGAGAUAUGCAGCACCUGGUAGUGUGGACCUCAGAAUAUGAUCCACUGGCUGGGAAUCCAGGAUGGAAAAAGAACGGAGCAGGACUGAUGGUCAACAGCCGAUUUGGGUUUGGACUACUCAACGCCAAUGCAUUGGUAGAUUUAGCUGAUCCCAGAAGAUGGAAAAGUGUACCAGAAAAGAGGGAGUGUAUUGUCAAAGACAAAAGCUUUGACCCAAGAUUAUUAAGAGCAAAUGAAGAAGUAAUCAUUGAAAUUCCCACAAAAGCCUGCGAGGGUCAAGAAAACUCCAUUGCAUCUCUGGAGCAUGUGCAGCUCGAGGCAACGAUUGAGUAUUCCCGUAGAGGUGAUCUUCAUGUCACUCUGGUAUCUCCAUCAGGGACCAGCACUGUCUUACUGGCUGAGAGAGAGAGAGAUAAAUCUCCCAAUGGCUUUAAGAACUGGGACUUCAUGUCUGUUCACACAUGGGGAGAGAAUCCAACAGGCACCUGGAUUUUAAGGAUUACUGAUAUGUCUAGACGAAUACAAAAUGAAGGAAGGAUUGUAAACUGGAAAUUGAUUUUGCAUGGCACUGCUACCCAGCCUGAACAUAUGAAGCAGCCACGUGUGUAUACAUCCUACAAUGCUGUGCAAAAUGACAGAAGAGGAGUGGAGAAGAUGACAGACUCUCUAGAGGACCAUACCACACUGGAGAACCUGACUGAAAAACCCAAAAUCACAGAAGAUACCACUAAUAGCAGUGACAAAGCAGAAGAUAAAAUCCCAUCAGAGGCUAUGCUACAUUUACUGCAAAGUGCUUUUAGCAGACAGAUGGCCCCGAAGCAACUGCCAAAGAAGACUACAAGUGAGAAGUCAAAUAUUCCAUAUGAACACUUCUAUCAAGCCCUCAAAAAAUUGAACAAGCCCUCCCAGCUGAGAGGCUCAGAAGAAAGUCUGUACAGUGACUACGUUGAUCUUUUUUACAAUGCCAAACCUUACAAGCAUAGAGAUGAUAGACUGCUGCAAGCGUUGGUCGAUAUCAUAAAUGAAGGAAACUAAACUGUAGGGUGUGGCACUGAGUUGGAAAUAUUCAUUCUCCCCACCUGUAGUUUUUUUUUCCAAAGUCUGUGUAUGCUCUA